UGGAGGCCCUCUAAUCAAGUGAACUUCCACCUGCAGGAAAGUGAAAACCAGGAGAGAAGACAACAAUGAGCUAUUCAUGUCAGUCAAAAUGACUGGUCAGUUCAGUACACAAAUAGUUCAGAUAAUGAAUAGUUGCGAGAUCCAUUUAAAGGAAUGUUUAGGAUCUGUCUGACAUUACACAGCUUCUGUGUGGGCAUUGGCACUGUCACAGCUAAGGAUAAGUCUAGCCAGCCCAUAACCCAUAGGUCUAAUAUUGGAAACAUCAUUACAAACUCACAGCCCUACCUUGAGCUGUAAAUAGACAAACAGAGUAAAAUUGGGAUCUGGAAAAGCUGCUUUGGAACAUGAGUUGUCUGUGGGAAUUUUUAAAUGAUGAUUCAUUGGGUGUUGUGUUAUUAAUUCAUGAGGAGGUAUAACUUUGUUAUAACAUCAAAUCAAAUUGGUUGAAUUCAUUUCAUAUGACUUGAUUGUCAAACAAGGUAGAACAAUUGAAGUAAGCAUACAAAUGAUUUAGAAUAGCCCUUUAUGUCAUUAGUGAUCAGGCCUAAUCACUGUCUAUUUACUGAAAGUUGUGCAAAAAAAUCUGAAGUUCAGGAAGUUGUCAGCUGUUUAAAGGUCAUGACAGCCGCACAGCUGCUGUGUUCAGAUGAGAGAGAAGGAACGCUGCAAGUGGCGUCUAUUGCGCAUGUGGACACCGUGUACGGAGAUAAAAUAGGUCCGUGUGGACGAAGAGGAUUUCAUCACAAGUGACCAGGGAUCUUGACAGUCACACAGCAGAGAGUAACCAUGCCGAGGUCAUUUUUGGUGAAGAGUAAACGAGCACAUAGCUACCACCAACCACGAUACCUGGAUGAUGACUACAUUAGAAUGGAUACUAUUUUAGCCCAUAUAUGCGCAGAAAGCAAAUUGCAGGUUGAGUUUGAGGGGAACUGUGACGCGCAGGUUGCACCUAACCUCUCCCCCGAAUCCCGUCUGGUGCACACGGCUGACCACUCGCCCAUUUACCCGCUGAGCUGCGAGGGCAGCGUGUGCGACCGCUUCUCGGACUAUGACGACUACUGGCGCCCUCCAUCUCCAUCUGCAUCACCAGAUUCGGAACAAUGCUUCACUCCGUCAGCAGACGACGCUCACCCUUUCGCCAUUCCAUUUCGCCCUUACCCAUGGAUUGCCUACUCUGGCUCCGAGCUCCGGCACCUUGUGCAGCGAACAUAUCAACACAAUCUCCCCACAACCCUGAAGCCCGACAUACAGAUGGGCCUCUAUGGAUCCGAGGAUGGUACCACCAACUCCCUCAUUUACGCACAGAGGGGCCCAAACACUGGAUUUUAUAGGGACUUUGGGUCGACGGUGUUCCCUACCUAUAGAAUGCGGGACGCCGACCAGUUAUAUUCGGACCUCAAGCUGAAGACCAAGGCCUCUGAAAUCAAGUCUGAAUCCGAUCUCAUCUGUUCCCGUAUAGAACCAAGUGGAUCGUACAAAUGCAUCAAGUGUUGCAAGGUAUUCUCGACGCCGCACGGGUUAGAGGUUCACGUUCGUCGGUCGCAUAGCGGUACUCGCCCCUUUGCCUGUGGAUUGUGUGGGAAAACGUUUGGGCAUGCAGUGAGCCUCGAACAACACAAGGGCGUUCACUCACAGGAGAGGAGCUUCAACUGUAAAAUAUGUGACAAAAGCUUCAAGCGCUCGUCCACGCUGUCCACGCACUUGCUUAUCCACUCGGACACGCGGCCCUACCCUUGUCAGUACUGCGGGAAGAGAUUUCAUCAGAAGUCCGACAUGAAGAAACACACCUUUAUCCAUACAGGUGAGAAGCCGCACAAGUGCCAGGUAUGCGGGAAGGCCUUCAGUCAGAGCUCCAACCUCAUCACGCACAGCCGCAAGCACACAGGCUUCAAACCUUUCGGCUGCGGCCUCUGCGGCAAAGGAUUCCAAAGGAAAGUGGAUAUGAGGAGGCACAAGGAAACACAACAUGGAUUGAAAUGAAAAACUGUCAACACCGAAAAACUGUGCUGGAGAAUUGUAUUUUUUAAAUACAUGUAGCGUAAAUAUGUCCCUUUCAAAAUACGUUUAUGUUAUUCUAUCAUUGCUUGGCUAUAUUAUGCCUAAUUGUUUUCCUUCUUGAAUUCUUGUUUUGAAAAUUAAACAUGUAUUUAUUAAA